AUGGAGGGAUCCGCCGCUGCGCCACUCCGCACACGAGUGUGCAUCAUCGGGAUCGGCCCCGCGGCGCACACGGCGGCGAUCUACGCGGCCCGCGCGGACCUCAAGCCCGUUCUCUUCGAGGGCUGGAUGGCCAACGGUGUGGCCGCGGGCGGGCAGCUCACCACCACCACCGUCGUCGAGAACUUCCCGGGCUUCCCUGCAGGCAUCAUGGGCAGCGACCUGAUGAAGCGCUGCCGCGACCAGUCCCUGCGCUUCGGCACCAGGAUCGUCACCAAGACCGUCGCCGCCGUCGACCUCUCGGCCCACCCCUUCCGCGUCGUCUCGGAUAAGUCCACGACCGUCCUCGCCGAUGCCGUCAUCGUCGCCACGGGCGCCGUCACGCGCCGCCAGCUGCACUUCCCCGGGUCCGACGUGUACUGGAACCAUGGCAUCUCCGCCUGCGCCGUCUGCGACGGCCCGGCCCCCAUCUUCCGUGACAGGCCGCUCGCCGUCGUAGGCGGAGGCAACUCCGCCAUGGAGGAGUCCAGCUUCCUCACAAAGUACGGCUCCCGCGUCUACAUCGUCCACCACCGGAGCACCUUCCGGGCUUCCAAGAUCAUGCAGGACAGGGUGCUCAAGAACCCCAAGAUCCAGGUCGUCUGGAACUCGGUGGUUGUCGAGGCGUUUGGUGGCGCAGAAGGCGGCGGUGGCGGCCGUCGGUUGGCUGGCAUCAAGGUCAAGAACCUGGUGAGUGGUGAGGUCAAGGAUCUUCAGGUGGCUGGUCUCUUCUUCGCCAUCGGGCACACGCCGGCGACGGAGUUCCUGGGUGGGCAACUCGAGCUUGACUCGCCGGCGGGAUACGUGGUCACCAAGCCGGGCUCCACCCACACCAGUGUGAAGGGAGUCUUCGCUGCUGGCGACGUGCAGGACAAGAAGUAUCGCCAGGCCAUAACUGCCGCUGGAUCAGGGUGCAUGGCCGCUUUGGAUGCUGAGCACUAUCUGCAGGAGGUCGGGGUCGGUGCACAGGAGGGCAAGUCUGAUGAUCGUGUGUCUGAUUGA